GCCUAUAGUCUGUACAGUGGUCAUGUCUUUCACAGCCAAACGAUGUGGAGUGAACUUCAGUCCGCCCUCUAUCGUCGUUCUUUAUGAGGAGAAGGACUCUUGCAAGAUGAGGAAACGCGUUAUUCCCGUUAGAAACUUCUCUCAAUUUUCAGAUUGUGGUAAGGCUGCAGAACGGUUGAAACUUAACACACGGCACAGGGAUUACCUGGACGCCGUCUCCUUGGAGCAGCUGGAGAAGCUUCAUCUGGUCCUGCGUGACCACCUGAGGGGACUGACUCUGGAGCAAAGCUUAGCUGCUUUCAGAGGUGAAACUUCUGGAGAGGAGGACCUCAAUAAGCUAAGCGAUGAAGAUCUUGCACAGAGAAAAGCUCAAAUGGACGAAAUCUUUGAACGCAACCGAAAACAAAAAGGAGACCCUGACUUUGUCUAUGAUCUGGAGGUAGAGUUUCCAGAGGUGGAGAACCACGGCACCUGCAGUUGGGAUGAAGAAUCUGAUGAUGGCUUUUAAAAUCCAUGUGGAAGACAUUAUAGCUAUAGACUUACCUUGCUGUCUCUGUGACACAUACAUUAAUAAGUUAUUGUAUUAUUAUGCAAUUAUGUGUGUGUGGGGGGUUCACUAUUUGAGGCAAUGCUGUUUAAAUAAUCAUUUGCAAUUGACUUCAACAAAGACAAAAAAAAAACAAUUCAUAACCAGCAUGAAUAAUGGUAAAUAUUUUAUUUCUUGAUAUCUCAUAUGAAACACUGAUAUAUAAAAUGGUCACUCAUUCUCUACAGUGCUCUUUGAAAAAGGACACUCGUAUAUUCUCAGUGACGUGAAAAUUUGUAUGCCCCAUUUUGAUAAAUACAAAAAGUACCCCUUUCAGUAGGACAAGUACAGAAAAAGUGUGAAAUGUAGGAGAAACACAUAUGGUGAACAGCAGUGGAAUUACCUUUGAGCAAAAUGUUUACUCUUUCGCCACAAAAUGUGUGCUCUCCUGAUUGUCUCAUUAACAAUUGAAAAUAAAUAAUUACGAUUCACUUUA